GAUUGAUCGGGUUAAUUUUGGACAACUCUAGUCAUAUGGGUUAUUUCCCUUAGCCUCUCAUUGUGGUCCAUUUGUCCUUACAUAACUUGUUUUUUCUUACAUAAUUUUUGGCUAUUCUCUAUUAUUUCUUUGAUGGGUAUAGCUAGUGUGGUACCAUUAUAUGACCCUUUAGACAACAUUGUUAUCUUAUGUCCUGUUGUAAUCAUUCAUGUUGAAGAAUAGAAAGAUAUGUUAUUCUGUGGUUAAUUCCUGCCUUUUCUCUUCUACUUUUUUGUAAUUGGGUGAUUUUUAAUUCUUUUAUUUGUAUAGAUAUUUUAUCAGUUAUGGGGUUUGUUCAAAUGGAGUCUCAAAAUGGAGUUCAAGUAAAGAAUAAUGGUUUCAAUGAGAAUGGUGUUGAUGAGAAACCAAUUGUGGAAGAAUUGGGUAUCAAUCAGAAUGUUGCAAAUGAUGAAAAAGUUUCAGAAUCAAAUGUUGAUGUCAAAAAUGUAGCAAAAUCUGAUGCUUCUAAGGUGUCUAAGACCAAAUCUGGUGGCCUAAAAGGAUCCAAAAUUGGGACAUUGAUUUCUAAAUCUUCUAAGGAAUCAACUGUCACCAAAAGAAUAAUUGAGCUAGCUAAUGGAAAAGGUGGGUCCCAAUUACAAGGCAAUAAGAAGGCAAGCUUGUCUCAGAGUCUUUCAUUCCCAUCAAAAGGUGUUCAUGGUAAUCUGAUGAAGCAAAGCCUUGAUGCAACCUCUGUGAAAUCAAACUCUAAGAAAUCACUAUCAAAUGGUAAAAAGUCCAAUCCUUGUUCUUCAGACCCAUCAGUGACUUCAGAUUCCAUUAUGGAUCAAUCUAAUGGUUACACAUUGGGUGAAGUUACUUCAAAGGAAACUAGUGUCAAAAAGAUUGGUGCAUCUGCUAGACAAUCACCUUCAAGUGAAUCUGCUUCUAGAAUCAAACACUCUGUGUCCACAAAAUCGGGUUCGAAGAUGGGGAAUGCUAAUGGUCAUGCCUCUGUCACUUCACAACCUGUUGAUCAAACUCCAAAACCCGUCAAAGAAUCGUUGUCUGAGGAUAGUGAGGAAAUCAAAGAUCCAAAUCAAAACCAGAACAAUUCUGCAUCUAAGAAAAAUUCUAUCAUUGGAUUUGCGUUUAGAUUGGAUGAACGUGCUGAAAAACGAAAAGAGUUUAAUAUGAAAAUUGAAGAGAAGAUUCAUGCCAAAGAGGCUGAGAAAAAUAACUUGCAGGCCAAAUCCAAGGAGAGUCAGCAGGCGGAGAUAAAACAGCUGAGAAAGAGUUUGAACUUCAAAGCUACACCAAUGCCAAGUUUCUAUAAAGAACCUCCUCCAAAAGUUGAACUAAAGAAGAUACCCACAACGCGUCCAGUAUCUCCAAAGCUCGGCAGAAACAAGAGUUCUGUCGGAGCAGCAGUUACUACUGCUACUGUCGGAGGUGCAGCUUGUGUUAGCCCCCGUGUGAGCAACAUGAUCAAGAAAGUUAAUGCAAAUGGCGAAGGAUUUUCUGAUGCUACUCAAAAAUCGGUGAGGAAAUCCCAAUCAAAGCUUCAAGCUCGAGAAUCAAUCAACGUAAAAAGUGUAGAGAAAAUCGGUAAAUCAAAGACAAAGAAAAGGGAAGGCGAAGUUGAAAAUGAGGCCCGGGAAGAAAACCAAAGUUCCCUUCAAGAUUCCGUUGAGGUUGCUGAGGAAGCAAACAAAGUCAUCGAUGUGGCUACUACCCCGGACAAUGGGGUGAUCGCAAAUACCACCAUCACUGAGGCCAUAUCCAACGAAAUCAUGGUUGGGGGUUGACGAAAGAUCAAAAAUUUACUUUCGAUGCUCAAACUUCCUGCAACUUGGUGAGGUUGACGCUGAUGUAAAAAGACGUGCAUUUGUAUAUUGAGAGUUGUAUAUCGUUUACUAUUUGUUAUGUCAACGAGGGGAAAAACAGAGAAAUCUAUGUAUUGGAUCCUUAAAGGUUAAUAUAUUGUUGUCUUCACUUUUUUUGUUCA